CGCGAGCGCCAGAGGAUGGGGGGGGACUAGCGACAGGCAGCUAGAGAACAGACGGCAGCUGGUGGCACCGUUUCUUCCCCGGUGAUUUAAUCAUGUGAAGAACGGAAGCCAUUUUCUUUUUAAAUCAACAUGUUUUCAAGAGGGAGCUGAUCCCGAGGCGGCAGAGCGGGCGCUGCCGGCGAAGGAACCUGCCGAGGAGGCUCUUUUAUCGGACUGGAAUGGUGGGAAGACCCCGCAGUGUUCCCGUAAUAGAAGAAGCCACCAGCAAACAUCCGGUUAGGAUUUUCCAAAAAAAAUAAAAGCGCGCUAAAACUAACCGGAUUAGCGAUCUUCCGUGAUUAUGAGGACAUAUAGUCAAUAAAUUAAUUAUUAAACAAAUUAACGACGUGGCUAAAAGUUCGUAUCGCUUCGCGUUUUGGCACCCUUUGACAAGACCGAGCAAAAUGGGGCUUUUAUUUUGACGGGUAGACUUUCCCGUACUUCCCGUGCAGGCAGCCGCACGCUCGCGCCGGCUUGACAGUCGAGAAGGAGGAGGUGAAGUUACAAAAAAGGCUUGAACCAAAACAAGACUUCACGGCCUGAGGGGGACGACAACGACGCCGUGGUAUGAAUGAGACUCGCCGCCGGUUACCGUGUGUUUUCCGGCUCCGACGCCUUUUAAACCGGAGCCCCCUCUGUUUGUGUGAACCCGGAGCCCCGGUGGAAAUACGGUUUGCCCUUGAAGGUGAAAAUGUCUCGUCCCACACUGACGGAGGAAGAGCAGCUCUCGUAGCUGGAGGAGGAUUCCCUGCUCUCACUUCUCCUCCUUGUCGGCCUCCCGGGAUCGAUGACCGGACCCAACUCCCCAAGCCGCACCGGCACCUCCUCGGCCAAACUGAGCAGGUACGGCCGGUCAAAGAGCAGCAGCGCGCACUGCCUGCUCCGCUGCACCACCCAGGAAGGAUCCUCCGCGUCUCCUCCUCCUCUUCUUCCUCCUACUCGCAACAGCUCCCACUCCCCCGGGGAGGAAGAGGAGAAGGAUGGGGGCGCUCUCUUCUACGUGAACCGCACCGGUUUCCCCAUUGAGGGCAUCACCUGGGAGAGGAUGUGGUCCCACGUGGCUGCUGUGCACCCCGAGGGCCAGGAGAUGGUGGACAGGAUACGGAACGCCGCGUACCUGCCCAGGCUUCCUGUUCUGUCCGUCCCGACCUUCAAACCGUCCAUGUCCGUCCCCGACUGGCUGGUGUCCGUCCAGAACUUCAUGAAGGCCCUGCAAUAUAACCACACGGGAACACAGUUCUUUGAAAUCAAGAAGACGCGUCCACUGUGUGGGUUAAUGGAGACGGCAAGAGAGAUGAUCAGGGAGUCUUUGCCAAUCAAAUGCCUGGAAGCUGUCAUCUUAGGGAUCUACCUGACCAACGGGCUGACUUCUCUGGAGCGUUUCCCCAUCAGCUUCAAGACGCAGUUCUCCGGCCACUGCUUCCACCACGUGGUGCUCGGCGUCUACUGCAACGGCCGCUACGGGUCGCUGGGCAUGAGCCGCCGUCAGGACCUGAUGGACAAACCGCUGGUCCACCGCACACUGGGGGAGUUGGUGGCCGAUUUUGAGAGCUCCUACAGGAGAUACCAGCACACCCUGAAGAAGGUGAAGAUCGGACUGUACGUGCCUCAUGACCCACACGUCUUCCAGCCAAUCGAGUGGAAGCAUCUGGUGCUGAACGCCGCCAGACUGGGAGCUCAGGAGAUGAGGAAGGAGCUGGAGAAACACGGCCGAGACAUGAGGAUGAAGAUCCUGAAAUCCUCCAGCGCUCAGUCACCAAUCAAAGAGCGGAGCCGCGGGAAAUCGCUAUCGCCGCGGCGACGGCAGAGCAGUCCUCAGAGACGCUUCGCACAGCGCAGAGACAAAUCACCGGCCUCCGUGGACAGGAAACCUCCAGAGCUCAGCACUCUCAACGACGGCUACCAGAUACGCAUCUGACCUUCUACAUUCAUCCAUUCAUCGUCCAUCUGUUCAUCCGUCCAUCGUCUUUAACACCUGAAGAAAACCUGAAGAAGAAGCUCUGACAAAGACGAGGUGGACACGAUGAAGACGAGAACUUUACUGAGCUUCAACAGCGAGAACGUCCUCAGAAGAUCCUUCACGCGCACACACACACUCACUCACUCAUGAACAAUUCAUGGAUUCAUUUACGUUUCACCUUUCUGCGACGUCCUCAGGAUGAGAAACGUCCAUGUCCCUCAAGAAAAGUAGGUCCAAGUGUUGCGAUGUCAGAAAACGUCUCUGCGACUUUUAAACAAAGACAAAAACGUCACUUUAGCGACAAAGUGCCACAGUUUUCCGACAUUUUCAUUUUAUUUAUUUCUAUUUAUUCGUAUUAUUUCGCAGUAAAAGUAACAGUUAAUUUGACUUUUAUUGAUCGCGUAGAGAAAUGAAAAGACGCAGAGGAGACGAAUAUCCCUCUUUUCCGUCCUCAGUAACUGAACAUAAAAUCGCAGUAAAUUAGUCCGCGAUUGUUCAUUUUGCUAUAAAACUUCUUGUUUUUCUAAAGUUCGCAGCCAUUUCGUAUUAAAAAUGCAAACAAGUUUACGUUAAAAGUUCUUACGCCUGGAAAAAAAAACCACGAUCAUUUCAAAAUCCGCGUCACUUUCUACUAAAACAAAAUGGCAAAAAAUUGUUGUGUGAUUUGUGACGUUUCAUUUCAAAAUCGUGCGUUUAUUUCGCGUUAAAAAACAACAAGCUAUGCACACGUCAAGUCCGGGGGGGCGGAGAUAAAAUCCUCGUCUUCCGCAGUAUUUUUUGGUUUCCGGAAAUGAAGCGUGUAGAAUAAUUUGUAAAAAUGUUUGACGAGGAGUUUUUACGACUUUUAUCUGUUUUGUGUCGCAGGAAACGCGAUAUUUUUUGUAACCUGAAGGUGGCGCAGAGACACGUUUGACGACCAGCACGAAAACAACAAAAGCACAAAAGCUGCUUUUUUCUCUACGAGUUUGUGGACAAACCGAACUCAAGAAGAAGAAGAAGAA